UCGUAGAGUGGUUGUAAAGGCCUAGUGGGCGGGGCCCCGGAAGUCCUGGGAGGGUGGGACUUCCAAAGACAGAACUGACACUUCCUUAGAAUGAGGCCCCUUAUGGAAAAGCGUGAGGAGGGUCCCGGGCAGACUAAGGUCUACUCUCGGACUGGGCUGGCAGCAUAUGCAGAACCCAGGCCAAGGUGGUGUAAGGGCCCCUUAGCCGCUACCCCUUUGUGAUGAGUCCCCGAUUCUUGCUUAGGCUUGAGACGGUCUUUUCUCCUGGCACCCUGUGUUCAUGGCCUUGGCGUUCUGUCUCUGCAUGGCUGAAGCCAUCCUGCUCUUCUCGCCUGAGCACUCUCUGUUCUUCUUCUGCUCCCGGAAGACCCGGACCCGACUCCACUGGGCAGGGCAGACCAUGGCCAUCCUCUGUGCUCUCCUGGGCUUGGGCUUCAUUAUCUCCAGCAAGAUCCGCAGUGAGCUGUCCCAUCUGGCGUCCUGGCAUAGCUGGGCAGGAGCUCUGACACUGCUGGCCACCGGGGGACAAGCACUGUGUGGGCUUGGCCUCCUCUGUCCACGGGCAGCCCGGGUCUCAAGGGUGGCUCGCCUCAAGCUCUACCAUCUGACAUGUGGCCUGGUUGUCUACUUGAUGGCUACAGUCACCGUGCUCUUGGGCAUGUACUCAGUGUGGUUCCAGGCCCAGAUUAAAGGUGCAGCCUGGUACCUGUGCCUGGCACUACCGGUGUACCCGGCCCUGGUGAUCAUGCACCAGAUCUCCAGUGCCUACUUGCCAAGGAAGAAAGUGGAAAUGUGAAUGCCUCAGAACUCUGAACCUAGGUGAGAUUCUCUCCUUGGACUUCAGCAGUUCCUUGAUCUUCACGGGACCCACUUCAGAAGCAGACGAAGUUUUGCACUUCAUGGCUGAGCCACAGGGUGCAGAAACCCUAGCUGCUACUGCUGAGGGAUGAUCUGGUGGGCCCCAAUGGGGAAGUGUACUACUGGGUGCAAGUAGAGGGUUCUGGAGAACCUGAAGCCUCACUUUUGAUGGGAUACAGAAGCAUUAGGUGGUGGUGGUGGUGAUGGUGAUGGUGGUGAUGGUGAUUACUUAUGUGCCUGAUGAAGAGUUGAAUUCCUGUUGGUUAUGAAUGACAGUCACAGAUAUUGGGGUCCCUUUUGGAAAAGCAGUACUGUGGAGAGCCUGUGGUCUCUUAGGCUGUGUUGUACAAUGAACCUUAGACACGUUCCAUAUCUCAGGACCUCAGUUUCCCCAUCUGAAAGUCCCUUACCUUUAACAUUCAGUGUCUGGCAGAUGGUUGUCACUGAAUACCCUUUUAGCUCUAGACCAUGCGGACAGCUCAGGAUGUAAUUCUUUCAUCCAUUCUUCCUUGUACCCUUCAGAAAUCUGUGCUGACUUGACUCCUGAGCCAAGGAACAAGGGCCAUGAACUGUGGAAAGAAGGGGCCAAGGUGAGGGUCCCCUGGACAAUAAGAUAGUGAAGGCACUAAAGUCACUUUGAAGUUCUUUGGAGGAACAGGAGGGCAUUGGCCUUAGCCAAGCCCUGGACUCUUGGAUUCCUUAGCUCAGCUAAGGACUUCCUUCAGGCUACCUCUGGGUCUAGAUUGUAGAAUCUGGGUGUGCUCUUGACUUCAUUCUCAGGGCAGAGUAGUUCUGGGCCUCUUACACUUUGCUCUUAGGGCUUAGAGUAUUUACUUAGCACAUUGCUCCAGGGAACUAUUCUGAAGCUUUUAGAACAAAAUAAAAACCAGGGAGCGGGGCCCUCUUGAUCCAAGGAACAUCGUGUCUCCCUGGUUGCCCGUCUCUCCUUGUCAUUUAAGUUCUCUUUAGUUGUUGUCUCCUGCCAGCCCCUUGGCUUGAGAAUGGGAUGAUUUCAGUACCGACUGGGCUCUCUUCCCUGCCAAGAUACCUCCUUGGUCCGGCUGAGUUCCCCAGAGCAUCCUUGUUGGUGAGGGCUGGAUGUCAAACUAGUUAGCUGUGGUGAGGGUCUGUCCAGGAGACGGGCCCUCUGCAGAGCCUAAUAAGGACUGGAUACUGCUGACCCAGGAAAGGUAUCGUGCAGCUUCCCACCUGGGAGACAGAGCCCGGCAGAGACUCUGGGAGGCCUGCAGUAUAGGAGCUGGAGCUCCAGGUCCAGAGACAAAGGAAAAGUGUCUGUCGCAUGUCUCCGAUCCUCUGAAGAUUUAAGGCCUCUUCUCCAAGUGGCUCAGAAACAAGGUGGGUGGGAUUCCAUAGUUCAAGAAUGGGGACUGUAAGGCAGAAGUGUCCUCUCAGUGGACCUCACGAUGCUUUUCCUCAGGGAGAUAGCAUCUCUCAUAAGCUCCUCUAAAUACAGCUUACUGAACAGAGGCUCCUGCAGUGCCGAGGGGAACCAUUCUUGUCUUUUUCAAUGCCCUGUCUCCCUCUCAAGCUAUCCAAUGUGCUGUGAGCUUGGAAGGAAUGGUUACUGGGCCACAUGAAAGAGAUUCUCACUAGGGUCACUUUGAUGUACGGCUCCAUCUCCUCCCCUCAUCGAGGCCAGUGCUGGGGCCUCCCUAGGGUGGGCCAGGUAAGGUUCAGCAGCUUGUUCUCAGAGCGCAGAGGCAGUGCCGGAAAGCCUGAGCCUGCCUGAGGUGUCGCCUCCUCCCAGGUGGUGCGGGGGCUGGUGGGCGGGCGGGCAGGCGUGCUGACAGCCGGCAGUUUGCGUGGGCUGUGCCAUCUGAUGUCUAUUCCCAGCCCUGGGAGGAAGGGGAGUCAUUUAUAUUCUGCAGGAAGAAGGGACCCAGCUGUCGCUUCCUCUGACCAGUGGGCCCGGAGGGCAUCGGUGCAGAGCAGAGAGGACAUAGGUAGCAGUGGUCUCCUGCUUAGGGAUCUGACCACAGUAUAAGGAGUAGGUCACCAGGAUGGCUGGUAGGCCAGAUUUGGGGCGGGGGGAAUUCCCUCCCCUCCUGUCUUUCCAUUUCUCCAUCACCACCUGCCCUCACAUCCUGGGGCAGCAGCUGGACAACCAUUAGACCUCGGUGCCAGGGUGCUCUUCCUCCAGCUGGGAUCUGUGGCUGCCGGCUGCAUAUGUCUCCUGGCUGUGUGCUCUCUCUUCCCCCACCCCGGCUGCCCCUUCCUCUUUGUAUCUUCCAGUGUCUGGAUACUACCUGGGCUUCUCAGCAGCGAGGCAGGGACCGGAGGGGGGACACACAUGGCUGUCCUUUGCCAGGAUUCCUUGACUAGGGGAAGCUGCUAGUAGUCAGCCUGUUUUGCUUUUUAAAGUGGGGCGGGGGAUGACACCCAGGAUGCUCAAGAUUUAAAAGUCGCCCAUCAUUUGCACAAAUUUCCAUAUCGUGCUAAGUCCUGAUUCCAUAUUUGAUUGUGUUCCAAGCUUGAUUAUUCUCAGACUCAACUUUGAGGGCAUUAGAAAGAUAGUUUUGUAUCAGAUCCAAAUGGUAAUGGGCGUACUGCUCAGGUUUGGAGUCCUCUCAGGGGCCCCUUUGUUCCCGUACCCUCCCUUCUCUUGGAGUCCCAUUGGGGCUGGGGGUGGCAGCGAGUGAAUGACAGGAGCUCGGCACUGAGAACUCUUGCUUCCUUCUCUGGCUGUCAUCCCCAUCCAAGAGAGGCUGCUAUCACUUGCCAGCCUGUGCAUGCUCCCCCCCCCCCCAAGGCAGGCCACCCUUCCUCCAUGACACUGGCCUGCCCUGUCUCUCAUUGUCCCCACCUUUCCACCCCCAUGCAUGGCUGCCGUGGGUCUUGUUUUUCAAACCUCACUGUGGGAGAUCCAGGCAUCCCCCCUGAGCCAGCUGGCUGCUGUGCCAAGGCCUGUUCAGAGUUAAUAAUAAUCAUUAGCUGAAUGGUGCUGGGCCUUUCACUCCAGUCUCUAAGCACUUGCAGGCUGAGUCAGCCAGCCUUCACCUUCCCCCUCUUUCUGGGCUUUGGCAUGUAACAGCACGGGAAGACGCUGUGAGAGAGGGAGUCAGGGUUCUUGCUGCCUGGCCAUGCCUGAGGAUUGUCUCUGAGAGGAAGCAGUAAGGCCAAGGUACACAGAGAAUACAGUAUGCUCAACUGAGACCACCAUGGCUGUGGUAGCUGAUAACUCCAAACCUCUAGUACUCCUGUGUGCUUGCCUUGGCCUCUGUGGGGCAUUCUACCUGCAUGCCCUUAAGCAAGCUUAGAGAGCAAGAAAGUUUCCGGGUUAGUACUCCCCCCCCCCCAACACCCUUGUCUGUGACUGGCACAAAGAACCUGUAUGUCAUGAACUGAAAGGUGUGUCAGCCUGGACACCGGGAAAUCUGAUGUAGGAGUGUGUCAGCUCCUAACACUGGGUGGCAUAGGCAAACCAUUUGCUUUUCAUCCUACCUCACAGGGAUGUUGUGAGGGCCAGACAAGAGAACAAGGUUCAGAGCAUUAAACAAAUGGAAAGCGGA